GAUGGGGUGGGCGCUGCUGGGCGUGGGGCUGCUGCUGGCGCUGUACACGCUGCUCCGGCACGGGCUGCGCAGCGCCCCGCGGCCCCGCGGCCGCCCCGAGCUGCGCGGCCGCACCGCCAUCGUCACCGGGGGAAGCAGCGGCAUCGGCGCGGCCACGGCGCUGGAGCUCGCCCGGUGCGGGGCCCGCGUUAUCCUGGCGACCCGCAGCGCCCGGCGGGGAGAGGCCGCCGCCAGCCGCAUCCGCAGGCCCCCCGUGUGCCCACAGGAGACUGGGAACAACGAGGUGCUGUUCAUGCAUCUGGACCUGGCCAGCCUGCGCUCAGUGAGAGCCUUUGCCAGCACCUUUCUGCGCCAGGAGCCCCAGCUGCACCUCCUCAUCAACAACGCGGGGGUGAGCGCCGGGGGCACGACAGAGGAUGGCUUCAGCCUCCCCUUCCAGGUGAACCACCUGGGCCAUUUCCUGCUGACCCAGCUGCUGCUGGAGCGGCUGCGGAGCUGCGCUCCCAGCCGGGUGGUCAUCGUGGCCUCCAGUGCCCACUGCGCCGGCCGCCUGCGCCCCGAGUCCCUGGGCCGGCCGCCCUCGGGGCUGUUCUCCACCUUCCAGGACUACUGUGACAGCAAACUGGCCAACGUGCUGCACGCCCGCGAGCUGGCCACGCGCGAGCAGGGCACGCAGGUCACCUGCUACGCCGUGCACCCAGGCUUCGUCAACACGGCGCUGUUCCGGCACGCGCCGCCGUGGCUGAAGCCGCUGCUGCUGCCGCUGGCCUGGCUGCUGUUCCUGGACGCGUCCGAGGGCGCGCAGGCGGUGCUGGACUGCGCCACGCGGGACGGCCUCGAGCCCCUCAGCGGCCGCUACUUCACCGAGUGCGGGCCCCGGCUGCCGUGGGCAGCGGGGCGCGACGACCGCCUGGCCCGGGCGCUCUGGGAGGGCAGCGAGCGCCUGGUGGGGCUGGGGGCGGCGGGGGGACACGGGGAGGGACACGGGGAGGGCCCUGCUGCUCCCGCGGCACAAUAAAGGUGACGGCGGUGA